AUGCAGGAGCGCAAUCUCCUUCGGAAAAUCGACUGGCAUGUCCUCCCAUGGCUUUGCGUCGCAUACGCACUUUCUCUUAUUGACCGGACAAACAUUGCCGCGGCCAAGAUUGUUGGCAUGGUGCAAGAUUUGAAUCUCCAUGGCAGCAUGUACUCCGUGGCGCUCCUCGUCUUCUUCAUCACGUACAUCUUGACUGAGAUUCCGUCAAAUGCAAUUGUCAAGCGUCUGGGAACAAGAAUCUACUUGGCCAUUCUUCUCGUUAGUUGGGGCGCCGUUGCAAUGUGCUUUGGCUUUAUCAAGAACUACGGUCAAUUGGUAGCACUGAGGGUUCUCCUAGGCUUCUUUGAGGGUGGUUUCAACCCGGCCUGUAUCUUCGUAAUAUCCUGUUGGUAUAAGCCCUACGAGGUCCAGCGGAGACUGUCUAUUUGGUUCGUAUUUGGAUCUGUGAUUUCUGGGUUUGGUGGCAUCUUGUCUUACGGGUUGAGCAUGAUGGAGGGCGACGGCGGUUUUCGCGGCUGGCGAUGGAUCUUUAUCGUCCCUGGAGCUUUCACCGUAUCUCUGGCUCUCCCUGUGUUUCUGUGGGCUCCCGAAUUCCCCGAGUCGUCCAAAUGGACCAACAGAGCCACGCUGCAGCUGGCUCGGGAAAGACUCUCUGAAAGCCGAGUAGAGGGCUUCGAGGAACGAACCACUGUAGGAGGACUUUUGGCUGCAGCAUCCGAUUGGAAGGUUUACGUAUUGGCCAUGCUUCUCAUGCUCCCUACAGCUGGUUCGUACUCGCUCGCAUUCUUCACCCCGUCCAUCCUGAGCAGCUUCGGGUUCAGCGUCGCGCUCAGCCAAAUUCUUACAACGCCACCAUACAUAUUCUCGGCCAUUAUCUCUGUUGCAACUGGCAUUUUGGCUGAUCGGGUAAAAAUGCGGAGCCCUUUCAUCAUCGGCUACUCGCUCCUCGUCAUAGUCGGCCUCACAAUGAUGGGUUGGGGCAAUAAUACCGGGGCUCGACUCGUCGGCAUCUUCCUGGCAGUGACUGGAAACAAUUGUGCCAUUCCGUCAGCGUUGGCUUUCUUAUCCAACAACGUCGUGGACACCCGCAAGCGACAAUUUGCAGUCCCGAUUCAGACAGUUUUCGGAGGGAUUGGAGGUAUCAUCGGAGCUGUUGUCUUCCGAGAGCAGGACUUCCCCGGUUAUCGACCCGGCUUGUAUGCAAGCUUCGGUUGUAUGGCGCUCAACAUUGUGCUUGCUGGCUGUCUUGCCUUGUACCUUGCGUGGGAGAAUAAGAAGGUAGAUGAGGAAGGGAAGGUCCUCGAAGGUAUUCCUGGAUACCGCUAUACCCUCUGA